AGGGCUCAAUUACGGCUCAAUUUGAUUUUGUUUUUGACAUUUUAGCCAUUUGGGCAUUUGGCGAAAUAUGGUGGCGCGGGUGACAGCGUGAAGAAUCAACGUGUUUAGGGUGAGGCGUUUGCGUUGUAAAAUAAUUGCAACGUUGCCUCUGGAGUCUAGACUGCAUAGCUAUAUGUAUUUAAGUAACAGAUUUGCAAUUCGUUCAACCGACUAAUGUACUGCAGUGUUCUCUAUAAAAGCGUAUAAAAAAAGUCGACGGCAAUUUUGCAAUUAUCCAAACAGUGAAUGGAUGCCAUAAGUUCUUGGAAGAGGCGAUCAAAAACCCUUAUUGCAUAGUUUACUGUAAUAUAAAAAUAGUGAUCUCAUCGACAGUUGCAUGGCAAAAACAAUAAUUUUCUUAAAGUGACAAUGUCUUACAAUUCCUCACUCGACGAUUUCUGUGGAUCUGAAUUUUGGGACAGCAAUUUAACAUGGUAUACAGAUAAUCCUAAAUUCACACCUUGUCUAGAAAAAACCGUAUUAGUAUGGAUACCUUGCUUGUACCUUUGGGUGGCCGCCUUCCUCGAUGCCUAUUACAUUAUAAACAGCAAGGAGAGAAAUAUACCAUGGAAUAUUUUAAAUAUCAGCAAACUACUGGUCACAUGCCUUCUGAUACUUUUGAAGUUUGUGGAUCUGGGUGUAGCUGUUCACAAAUCAUCGAAAGAAGAAGAGGAUGUCUUUAAUGCAGAUUAUUAUGCCCCUACAGUGAAGAUCCUUACAUUUAUUUUAUCAGCCACUCUAUUAUACUACAAUAGAAAAUAUGGUAUGAGAGCGUCGGGUGUGCUAUUUUUCUUUUGGUUACUCUUAAUAUUCGCGGGGCUGCCGCAACUUAGAUCUGAAGUGAUAGCACAUUAUACACUGAAAGAAGACGAGAAUGUGCAGUACAACUUCGUUAGUUAUAUGAUAUACUACUCUCUGAUAAUAUUGAUGUUCAUAUUAAAUUGCUUCGCUGACUUGCCGCCGAGAGAUACGCCGUAUAAAUUUGAGAAGAACCAAUGCCCGGAAAGUGCGUCAGGGUUUCCGAGUCGCCUAACAUUCAGCUGGUUCGAUCCGUUGGCUCUCACAGGGUUCCGUAGAAGUUUGACGGAGAACGAUCUCUGGGCUCUCAAUCCGCAAGAUUCCUCGAAAGAAGUUGUGCCAAAGUUCGACAAGUUUUGGGAGAGAACGCUCAAGAAAAGAGAGAGCGCCAGCGGUACUAAAGCGACUUACAGUAAAAACGCUGCGAGCGUCAACUUCAAACCCGAAAAGGAAAGGAAGCCAGCAUCUAUCCUGCCCGCUUUGUGUCUUGCCUUUGGUGGGCAGUUUUUUUUUGGCGCCCUCCUCAAACUUAUCAACGAUGUACUUAUGUUUGUGUCGCCACAGCUACUUAAAUUAUUAAUAGGAUUUGUCGAAAGUAAGGAGGAAGUAUGGAAGGGCUACCUAUACGCUGUGGGUCUCAUAGUGUGUGCUACGGCUCAAACCAUGCUGCUGGCUCAUUACUUCACGAGAAUGUACCUCGUGGGCAUGAGGAUACGAACCGCCCUCACGAGUGCCAUCUACAGAAAAUCGCUGCGUAUAUCGAAUGCAGCGAGAAAGGAGUCUACGGUGGGAGAAAUUGUCAACUUGAUGUCUGUAGACGCUCAAAGGUUUGUGGAGUUGACAGCGUACUUAAACAUGAUAUGGUCAGCGCCACUCCAAAUCGCUUUGGCGUUGUACUUCCUAUGGGGCAUUUUAGGCCCCUCCGUGCUAGCGGGCUUAGCUGUGAUGAUAGUACUUAUACCGGUUAACGGGCUUAUUGCCAAUAGAGUGAAAACACUGCAAAUUAGACAGAUGAAGUACAAAGAUGAACGAGUCAAACUGAUGAAUGAAGUACUUAAUGGAAUUAAGGUUUUGAAAAUGUAUGCUUGGGAGCCGAGUUUCGAGGAGCAAAUACUUAAAAUACGAAACAAAGAGAUGAACGUGUUAAAACAGACAGCCUAUCUGAACUCUGCGACCUCAUUCAUAUGGUCUUGCGCCCCAUUCUUGGUGACCUUCUUAACUUUCUUCACUUAUGUGAUUUCCGACCCUGACAACAAUAUCUUGAAACCAGAUACUAUAUUUGUAUCGAUGUCCCUGUUUUAUGUUAUGCAUUUGCCUUUAGGCCUGCUCCCCAUCAUCAUCGUCUCGAUAAUCGAGACAGCAGUGGGUAUAAAGCGCUUGAACAAAUUCAUGAACUGUGAGGAACUGAAUGUGGAAUCAGUAGAACACGAUCCAAAAGAACCGAAUCCUCUGGUGAUUGAAAACGGGCACUUCACGUGGGACGAUGAGUCGCAGCCCACUCUAAAGAACAUCAACAUACGUAUUCCGCGCGGAAGCCUCGUGGCCGUGGUGGGUGCGGUAGGCUCUGGAAAGAGUUCUCUACUGUCUGCACUACUAGGCGAAAUGAACAAAAUCUCUGGACGCGUUAAUACAACAGGUAGUAUAGCGUACGUAUCACAGCAAGCGUGGAUCCAGAACGCUACACUUCAAGACAAUAUAAUAUUCGGCAAGCCGUUGGAACAGAGCCGGUAUAACAACGUGAUCAACGUGUGUGCGCUCAAGCCGGACUUUGAGGUUUUGCCCGGCGGAGAUCAAACUGAAAUUGGAGAAAAAGGUAUAAAUUUGUCGGGUGGCCAAAAGCAGCGAGUGUCGCUGGCCCGUGCGGUGUACUUCGACGCGGAAAAUUACUUCCUGGACGACCCGCUCAGCGCCGUUGACUCGCAUGUCGGCAAACACAUAUUCGAUAAGGUAAUCGGUCCAAAUGGCCUAUUGAAAGAUAAAACUCGCAUGUGGGUGACACACAACGUGUCGUACUUGGCGCAAACCGAUCACAUAUUAGUGCUGCGAGACGGAGAAGUGUCUGAGGCAGGCACCUACCAACAGCUUUUGGAGAAGAAAGGCGCUUUCGCGGAAUUCCUUAUACACCAUUUGAGUGAUGUUGAGCGGACUUCUCCAGAAGAACUGGAUGAAAUAAAACAAGAACUGGAAAGCAAACUGGGGUCCGAGUUCCAGAACAAGUUGCAGAGAGCGCGCUCGCUGUCAGAAAGCGCGUCGGAGUCGGAGCAACCAGCCGCCGGUGAUCGAAGCGGCAGCGUAAAGAGACGCACACCAGAUGCCGCAACUCCUAAUGAGCUCAAAGAGAAAAACAAACUUAUUGAUGCUGAGAAAAUGGAGACAGGCAGUGUGAAAUGGAGCGUGUACAAGCACUACCUGACGUCGGUGGGCGUGACCGCGUCGUUGGUGACGGUGCUGAUGAACCUCGUGCUGCAGCUCUUCCAGGUCGGCUCCAACUUCUGGCUCGCCAAGUGGUCCGUCGAAGAUACCAUGAUAGUGAAUGGAACUGUCGACCGAAGGGUACGAGAUCUCUACCUCGGUGUGUACGGAGGCCUCGGCAUUGGACAAGUGGUGUCGGUGUCGGUGUCGUCGCUGGCGCUGUACCUGGGCACGCUGACGGCGGCGCGCGUGCUGCACGCGGCGCUGCUGGCGGGCGUGCUGCGCGCGCCCUCCAUCGGCUUCUUCGACUGCACGCCCGUCGGCCGCGUGCUCAACCGCUUCAGCAAGGACGUGGACGUGCUCGACAACGUGCUGCCCAUGACGCUGCGCGGCUGGACCUCCUGCUUCUUUGCGGUCCUGGGGACUCUAUUCGUGAUCAGUAUCUCGACACCAAUAUUCGUAGCGGUGAUCCUGCCCGUCGGAGUGGUAUACUACGUAAUCCAGCGGUUUUAUGUGGCCACAUCGAGACAACUGAAACGGCUCGAGUCUGUCUCGCGGUCGCCUAUUUACUCGCACUUCGGAGAGAGUAUAACUGGGGCUACCACGAUUCGAGCGUAUGGAGUUACGCAAAGAUUCAUAGAAGAGUCAGAGCGCGGCGUUGACCACAACCAAUCGUGCUACUAUCCGAGCUGCAUCGCCAACCGCUGGCUGGCCGUGCGUCUCGAGAUGAUGGGAAAUCUUAUCAUAUUCUUCUCGGCGGUGUUCAGCGUGUUAGGCCGAGAUACCAUCGAGGCGGGCGUUGUAGGCCUCUCUGUCAGCUACGCCCUACAGAUUACGCAAACAUUGAAUUGGCUCGUUCGAAUGACAUCGGAAGUCGAAACCAAUAUAGUUGCCGUUGAAAGAAUAAAAGAAUAUGCGGAAACAAAACAGGAGGCCCCGUGGACGGUGGGCUCAGGCCCCGGCUCCACGUGGCCGGAGACGGGCGCGCUGCAGCUGGAGCGCCUGUCGCUCGGCUACCGCGCCGGCGAGCCCGCGCUGCGCGACCUCACGUGCGCCGUGGCGCCGCGCGACAAGCUCGGCAUCGUGGGCCGCACCGGUGCCGGCAAGUCCACGCUCACGCUCGGCCUCUUCAGGAUAGUAGAAGCGAUGAGCGGCAAGAUCCUGAUCGACGGUAUCGACAUCUCCACGAUCGGACUACACCAGCUGCGCUCGCGCAUCACCAUCAUCCCGCAGGACCCCGUGCUGUUCUCGGGCACGCUGCGCAUGAACCUCGACCCGUUCGGUGUCUACACCGACGAGGAAAUCUGGCGCUCCUUGGAGCAUGCGCAUCUCAAGUCUUUUGUGAAAGGUCUUCAAGCAGGCCUCCUGCACGAGAUAUCGGAAGGAGGCGAGAAUUUGUCCGUAGGUCAGAGACAGCUGGUUUGUUUGGCGCGCGCUCUGCUACGGAAGACGCCGCUGCUGGUGCUGGAUGAAGCCACCGCGGCCGUCGACCUGGAGACGGAUGAGCUUAUACAGAAAACGAUCAGAUCGGAGUUCGCAUCGUGCACGGUGUUGACAAUCGCGCAUAGACUUAACACUAUUAUGGACUCGACCAGAGUCAUGGUGCUCGACCGCGGCCAACUCGUGGAGUACGCGCCGCCCGACCAGCUGCUGCAGGACAAGAACUCCGUCUUCUACGGCAUGGCCAAGGACGCCGGCCUCGUCAACUAGCCAGCACCGACCAGUACUAGCCGCCACAAACGUGGACUCAACCGCUACCAGCUCAUGCAGUGCGCGUCGCCUGAGCAGCUGCUGCAGGACAAGGGAUCUGUCUUCUACGGCAUGGCCAAGGGCGGUGCUCGUCAACUAGCCAGCACCGACCAGCACUAGCAGCCACGAGCGUGGACUCGAUACUGAAAAAGGUGUUUUACUUGCCAUAUGAUGAGUGCGUUCAGUUACCGUCAAUUCAUUCUUCAGGUAAAAUAUUCGUGCGCAGUCGGUAAACACGUUAAACUUGUGUCGUAAGUUUUUGUAGAGUGGUGUCGUGUAGCAUCUGUGUAGCGAUCUAGGCCAGUGAUGAUGAUAACUAUGACAUUCUAAGUCCUAAGACUACCAACAAAAAGAAUAAAGUGCUCUGUCUACAUUCAACGUGUUUUCGCUUUUAAUGCAAAAUGAUCACUUUCACAAACGUACCUACCUCUUAACCAUUCUAUAAAUGAAUUUGGUCUCAUCAUUUGACACUUCUAACACUCACGCUAUCUGUCAACAUUGACGUUGAGAGCAGUUAUGAGUGAAUUAUGUUAUAUUUGACAUUAUUUUGUUCUGUAAUAAAAGCAUUCAACUCUUGAUGAUAAAACUAGACCAUUAGGAAAUCUGACCAGUUAAGUUAUAUACGGCCGAGUACUGAACCAGUUUAAGGACAUCAUUGAUAUGGUCUGAUUUUUGUCAUUUUGUCCAUACAACAAAAUAUGUAAAACAUCUUUAGAGUGUUGUGUUGUAUUGUUUCUUAUAUUUUUUCAGUAUUUGGUCGUUUAAAAUGUGAUGACAAGCAUUUAAAGGUUGUACAAGUUAAAAUAAGUAGACAAUAAUAAAUCAUAAAAUAUUUUGCAUUAAAAGUUUUGAUUGCCUUUUAUAACAACAUAUUCUUAACAAAAGCUCUAACUAGCCAUAAAAAUGAGUGAUUUUUAUAUCAAACACUUUGGCUAAGCAGUGAUCAAAUUGUAAUCUGUUGACAUCUAAAAGAUGUGGAUCUUUUACAGACAUGUAGAUUGUAGACAGGGCAAAAAGUUUCAGCUUGUAAUUUUUCAGUUUAUUAUAUGGAAUAGUAUGAGUCUUGUUUCAUUAAAAAGUUUAUGAAAGAUAUUAUUUUCAUAAUAAGAUGUCAGUUAAAACAUUUUUUACAAAGAAUUUUUACAAAGAUGCAUUGUUAUAUCGUUUACUGAUCUUUUUUAAAUAAGUACUUGUACCGAAAAUAAGUAAACAUAAACAUGUUUUUAUAAGUAUAUUUGCUGAAUGUUAUGAGAAAAAUUCUGAUAUGUGGGCAAGU